UACGCGCAUAUAUAAGGAAAUAGCUUCGUUUUUAGUGCAGCUUUUUAGUGCAGUGAAAUUGUAACCCUUUGCAAGCGGGACCUAUGUGAAAUGAAGUCUAAGAGUGCACUUGUUAUUGGUGCUGGAGUGAUUGGUGCUACAACAGCAUACGAGCUACUUGAAAAAGGGUAUGAUGUCACUCUUUUGGCAAAGCAGUUUGCUCAAGGUGACUACUCUGUAACUUCUGAGGUAGCUUCAGCACAGUGGGAGUUUCCACCAGGGAUCUGUGGUCGUCAUCGGCUGGUCGACUUUAAUUUGGAAAAUCCCAAGAAAUGGACUAUGGUUAGUUAUAAAAAGUUUCUGGCCCUUAGCAAGAACAGCAGUCAAACAGGAGUGGUUUGGCGCCCGUUGUAUGUUUUCUUACCGGAAAAGAUGGAAGAAACACCUGAGCAAAUUCAAAGGAUAAAGGACAUGUCCAUUAUACCAACAUUCAAGCAUUCCACCAACUUCAUCAAACAGAUUGGUAUCAGUCCGACCGCUAUUGUUCCUGUUGUUGAUUGCUAUACCGUUGAUGCUCCAACCAUCGAUACUGUGAAAUUCAUAGAGUGGUUAUAUAAGCAGUGCCGAGCAAAAGGGGCGAAAUUUGCCAAUGGUGAAAUAAAAGGAAAACUGAUAGGGCAAAUUGAAGAUCUCAAGGCGAAGUACAAUGUUAAUGUAGUUGUUAAUUGUACGGGUCUGGCAGCGAGAGAGUUGGCAGACGACAAGAAAGUCUCCCCUCUCAGAGGUUAUGUGCUGAAAAUUAGGAACGAUGGUGUGCUGAUGCCUAAACUGGAUUUUUCCAUUAUUUUUCAUCACGCCAUAUUUUUGAACCCUGGAAAGGAUAACAGCAAUGUGCACAUCUAUAUUAUUCCAAGAGGAGACCACAGUAUCUGGAUUGGUGGUAGCGUUGAAGAGCACGAAACUGAUCUGACAGGUGUUGACAUGAGCCAUGCAAUUCCCAGAAGACUGCUUGACAACGCCAAGGCUUUCUUUCCUCCGCUGCGAGCAUUUGAUUAUAAAGAUGUGGACCAAGUCAUUGCCGGACUACGCCCAGCUCGUGAGGAUGAGAUCCGUAAUGAGAUCGACCCUGAAUGUGCAUCACUAAUCCAUAACUAUGGACAUGCUGGAAACGGGAUUUAUCUGUCUUGGGGUUCUGCAGUGGAUGUGGUAAAAUUGGCUGAUAAGGCGGUUGGCAUUUUUUCUAAACUUUAAUAGCAAGAAUAACGACAAGUGAAGAUUAUCACAAAAAUCUUUGCUUGAGGACACAUUUCAUGUUGAUCUUACAUUUACAUGGUCAUUAGUUCCUAAGUGUCCUUGUCAUCGUACUCGAUAAUAACUGAACCCCAGGCAGUUUUAAUUGUUUGUUUGAACUCCAUUGAUUAUUUUUUGGCCGUUCUCGGCUCACUAGUUAUCAGUUUUUACUAAUACAACUGUAUUAAUUUUCCAAGACAAUUCUCUAUUGAUUUAUAUCGUUAGUCAAAAGGAAAUGCCUAGCAUGGGACCUAGAGUCCCGYUCGCACUUUUCGCUUUGGGUAGCAUGUUGAUUCUGUAAUUUUCCUUCCUGAUUGAUACCCAAUAAAAGUUGUAAACUAGUGACGAUCAAAAUCACAAUCACAAUCUUGAUCUUAUUGUUGAUAUCAAUGAAAUGCUUAUUAAACAUCAUUAGUGAUAACAUCAUG